AUGAUGCGUAUCGCUGUAGCUGGUGGCGAUGGCCUUGGCUAUCUCCUUGCAAAGGCACUGUCCGAAGCCCCAACCGCUCUCAACGUUGUUGUUCUAUCAAGAUAUGCCCGCAGUGAAUAUGUGCCACUCGGCAUCCAAGUCUUGCAAGUCGACUACAACGACAACGACAGCCUAGUUUAUGCGCUUCAGGGGGUGAACCUCGUCAUAUCCGUCGUGGGAGGGAGGCCGCAGCUGAACCUGAUCAACGCGGCGGCAACGAGCAACGUCCAGAUGUUCGUGCCGUCCGAAUUCGAAGGAAGCCUCAGCAAGCGACCGCGCAACGACCCCCUAGACACGGGCUCCCACUCGGCAAGAUCCCUGCUGCGGAGGCUGUCUCAGUCGUCGCAGAUGCAGUAUACCAUCUUCUCGUGCGGAGUCUUCAUGGAGAGAUUCCUCCCUGGUGGUCUCGGCAGUCUGAACAUCGGACACAGCUGUGACCUGAACGAAGCCGGAUCCUACCUCCUCAACCUCAACCUGGCAUCAGCUGAGAUUGUUGAAAAGGACUCUGGAGGGCACACCGUCCGUAUAUGCUUGACUUCGGUCUAUGACGUGGCCCGGUUCGUUGUUGCGGCAAUCGAGCUCGGCCCCGGGAACUGGCCUCGCGAGUUGACGAUGCGUGGCGAUCGCAUGUCACUGCGUGAUAUCGUGGGAACCUGCGGUAGAUACAUGAACACUCCAUUCGAGAUCCAAUAUAGGCAGUUCAGAGAACUGGAGCCCUACAUUGACUAUUACGCCCAACAGGGAGACACACAGACGGCUACAACGUACCAGCGCCUCCUGGCUACUGCCAAUGGACGAUACGAAUUCGGAACUGCAUCGCUAAAUGAAGCCAUUCGUAAUAAUCCGGCUGUCGAAGACGUCCAUCCAGUGUCGUUCCGCCAAUGGCUCGCGAAUGUAUUCCCGUCAUAA